AGAAAACAAAACACGCCUGUCUCUCUAGGUGCCUAUCGCCUGACCCCCACGUGGGUGACCCGGGCCACCCGGCCUCCGGUGCUGGGUGACUCCCGACAGCCCCAAGGCAUGGAGAGCGCAAGUGGCCCCAGGCUUGGGAAGCUGUCCUCAUCAGGGGUGCCAAGAGGCCGGCACCCUAAACAUGGACACGCCCAGGACUCUAUAAGAACUACCCCAGGCCCUGAGAACCACAAACACAGUCCUGUAUGCGAUGAUCCAGGAGAGGGGAAGAGGAAAGGCCGCCCAAAAGCAGAAGCGCAGGAGCUCAGGAGCAUCCCUGCCCACAUGAUAGUGCAGUGGAAGGAAGAGUUUAAGCGUCGCUCCAGGGUAAAGUGUCCGUGUUCGGGCUGCUGGUUAGAGUUUCCCAGUAUCUAUGGCGUCAAGUACCACUACCAACGCUGCCAGGGGGCCACCGUAGCUGAGAAGCUGAGUCAUGGCUGUCCCUACUGCGAGGCGGUGUUUGCUACGAAGGUGCGCCUGCAGAAGCACAAGCUGUGGAACCACCCCGACAGGGUCAGCGUGGAACCCAAGCAGGCGCUGCCCAAGCUGCAGAAGAUCUCUGUCAAGCCCAGCGCCAAGAAAAGGCCCAUGGAGAACAACCCUCCUUCUCCGGUGUUCUUCAAAGUAAAGAAGACCCACGAGGUGUCCACACCCUCUCAGAACGGCGAGCUGCCCCCGCAAAGGAGUGAGAAGAAACAGCACGUCCACAGUCAGCCCCCCCAGUUGAUCCAUCAGUCCCAACCUGUCCUGCCUCACUCCCACCGGUCGCAGUCCCAGAGCACCUCGUCUGACGCAGGGGGCAGUGACAGUGAAGGAGGCAGUCUCCCCCCUCCCUUCCAUGACGAAGAUCCAGAACGAAUGAGACACAGACGGAAGCAGAAAACCCCCAAAAAGUUCACAGGAGAGCAGCCCUCGAUCUCUGGGACAUUUGGACUGAAAGGUAUGACCAAGGUGGAGGAGAAGCUGAAGGCAGGUCGUGUGAAGAGACCCGAGGGGAGCAGUCUCAGCGAGGAGCAGAGAAGAUCCAACUCCGGGCAACCCUCCAAGAAAGACUCCGCACCACCCAACUCUGGCCCUCCACUUGAUGCCCAGUGGCAGCAUGUUAUCUCAGAGCGGGGGGAGGUGGUGUGUCCCACCUGCUCCAUGGUCACCAGGAAGACGGUCUCUGGCCUGAAGAAACACAUGGAGAUCUGCCAGAAGCUCCAGGAUGCCCUGAAGUGCCAGCAGUGCCACAAACAGUUCAGAUCCAAGGCCGGGCUCAACUACCACACCAUGGCUGAACACAGCACCAAGCCCUCGGGGAGCGAAGGCCAGACAGGGGACGAGCAGGAGGAGAGAGAGAGGCUGCGCAGAGUGCUCAAACAGAUGGGACGAAUCAAGUGUCCCAGUGAGGGCUGCUCGGCCCAUUUCUCCAGUCUGAUGGGCUACCAGUACCACCAGAAGCGUUGUGGCAGAGAGCUCUCUGAGGAUGAAAAGCCUGUGUUUCUGUGCCAGCAAUGUGGAAAGACCUACCGCUCCAAGGCUGGCAGAGACUACCACGUACGCACUGAACACCCCCCUACCACCACCACCACCACAGACAACAACAACCACAAGGACAACAAGGACAAUGCCACAGACACGAACAACAACACAGGCAAAGAGAGGGUAACCUCUGCGGAGACUCCAUUAAUAGGCAGGAAGGAGAAGAGCCAGCCUGAGAGGAAGGAGUGGCAGGAGAAGGCGUCAGCGGGCCGGCCCAUGGAGAAGGAGAGGGAGGCCAGGCAGAGGGAGAGCGAGAGGGAGCAGGACAGAGAGAGAGCGGCACGGAACGAUAGCCUGGGGGAGGACUUUGAGCGUACCCCCAGUGGCAGAGUGAGGCGCCGGUCGGCCCAGGUGGCGGUGUUCCACCUGCAGGAGAUAGCUGAGGAUGAGCUGGCCAAGGACUGGGGCACCAAGCGCCGCAUCAAGGAUGACCUGGUUCCGGACAGCAAGAGGCUAAAUUACACCCGACCGGGCCUUCCUAACUUUAGUCCCGAGCUGUUGGAGACGUGGAAGAACGAAGUCAAGGAGAAGGGCUUCAUCUGCUGCACCAACAGAAAUUGUGAAGCGGUUUACUCCAGCGUGUCAGGACUCAAAGCCCACCUAGCAAACUGCAGCCAGGGAGAUGGUGAGAUGGGGAAAUAUACCUGUCUGAUCUGUCAGAAGGAGUUCAGCUCAGAGAGUGGCGUCAAGUAUCACAUCAGCAAGACACACUCUCAGAACUGGUUCCGGGCAGCCGCCAGCCAUGUAGCCUCCAGCAACAAGAGCAAAGCAAUGGAGGACAAUGGGAUCAAAGCCGAGGUGAGGAAUGGCGCCACAACUGGCAGGAAGAGAGGACGCAAACCCAAAGAGCGCCCGCUUGAGGUUGCCCCAGUCCAAACAAAGACUCCAGCACCCAGCGCCACUCAAAACUCAGCCCCAUCCCUCAUCCCUUCCUCAGCCCCAACAGAAACCCUGACCCAGAUUUCUAGCCUGACAGAAAGCGGGUGUCCUGUCCAAAACAGACAGUCCAGCACCUCCACUGUCAGACGGAGCAAACCUAAACGGGUGUCCUCCUCAGAGUAGCUCUGCUUUCACCACCCUAGGAGCCAGAGAGGAUGCUAUCUGUCCAUGUUACGUCAGGAAACUAAAAGUUCCUUCUAAUGCCACAAGGACUUGGCACAGAGGAGAAAGCUGAAGCAACCAUUUAGAAGUAAAACGUUUAGUCCACACUUAAAACCUUGUUUAAAACCCUACAGUUUACGUGUCCACUGGUAUAUACAGUAAUCAUUUGUAACAGUAGCAUUUAUUUUACUCCAUUCCACUUUUGUCUCCAUUUUAAGACACGCAUUUCAGUUUCAUUGCUCACAACAGAGGUUUGUUGUAAUCAAAGAUUGAAUACUGGUUUCUACAUGGAUAGCAUUUUUUAAAUUGAAGUACUGUAGUUCUCCAGAUGGAUUAAGUGUAAUUCUCUCUACAAAUCUGUAGGUUCAUGUUGUGUUUGAGAGAUUUUUUAAAGGAUAUUCUAUUAGCAUGGUGAGGUCAUUUACUGAGGUGUUUUCACGUUCUUUUCACUGAUAUACUGUACUGUGUACUUAAACGAUAUCUAUACCUAUAUAUAUCUAUAUAUUCCAAGCAAUGAUGCCAUCUAUCAUUUUCAAGCCCAAACGGUCAAUUGGGUCAUUAGCAAUCAGAAACAUUUGCAGUGCAUACUUCAAUGCAAUGUUGUAUAGAAUUUUGUUUAUUGGUUUAUUUCAGGUCUUUCCCACCCCCCCCUAACACCCAAAUGUCUUAUAAGAUGGAUUGUUAGUUGUCCGUUCUUAAUCACUCUGUUGUCCUUUGUUGCUAAUGUCUUUUGGAUUUUGGCUCAUAUUUUAUUUCAUUUCAAUGUAUUCUGAAGUACCAUUAUGAAAGGCAUCUAAUUUGACAGUCAUGAUUAUCUGUCAGUAGGUUAUCUCCUCGGUUCUUUUACACGAUGAAAAUUUGGCAGAAUAUUCAGAGAAAAAAAAAAGUAGAAGGGUUUGAGAUUUGCCGUCAGUAAGGUAUAGUUUUUUAAUCUAUUUUGUUCACUUACAGUAACACUAAUUAUGACACUGUUUAAUUGAUAAAUUAUAGAUUAUCAAACUUGAAUUCCUCUGUCUAAGAAAUAAGAUUGACAAAUGCCAAAUGUUGGACAGAGGGAAGGAUUUUUUUUGGAACGCUUGUUGCACCGUUGCGGCACAAUCAGAAGAGAUGCCACCAUCUUAAAGUAAGGUCAAAGGUCGCGUUACCUUGACCAUUGCUUUCUCUUGAAUCAGAGAGCUGAAAAGAGAAUAUAGCUAUUAUCUUUUGUAGAGAGGUUGAGGAUGAUCAGCUUUUAUGAAACAGAAAAAUCUGCAAAUGAAGAUUCACAUAUGAAAUAUAUUAAUCGAUUCCUGGUCGCUAAAAGCUAUUACCUGGCACUUUAACCCUUAACCCCUCCCGCUCCCCCCUCUUGAAUUUUUGCACUCCAGGAGCAUUUAACUCAACCCACUUAAUAUAAGGCACAGAAGCGGGAUUAUCUUACUCUCAUCAAAUCAUAAAAUAAACUAUAGUAAAAACUAAAUUUGUAUUUAGAUGGGUAAUGAGCAGCAUGUUUAAUUAACUCUUUCUAGUUAGUAACUGUGAUCCCUCACAACCACAUAAUUAUAAGUGAUUACACAAAGCCAUAACUGGUCUUGUAGGAUGCAAGGCUGCUCUACCAGUCAAUGUUGAUUAAGCUUCAGAAAGAAAAAAAAAGAAAAGAAAAAAAAACAGAAACAUUUAUCAAGUUGCUUUCAUUCAUGAAAAUUCUAAUGUGUGCAAUCAGAGAAAAAUAUUUUCACUUUAACAUGUUUAAAGUAGAUACUUGAAUCCACAAAGUUAUAUAAAUGAUUUGAGCAAAUUUAAAAUUCAUAAAUAUUUGAUUUAUAUUUGCAGUGUAUGUCCAUAAUGACAAAUAACUUGCUUGCUAAAAAAAAAUGACAGAUCAUAGAUCUAUUUUAUAUUCUCUUGUGUGUAUUACCUAGUUAGCAAUCAGAUAGCUUUGAGAGUGUGUAAAGUUGUGAUGUGAGGAUAUUCUGGGAAGAUGUUAAGGGUGCUUUACUUGCCACUCUACCUUAAGGACUGCUGAAGUGAUCUGAUGCUGCUCAGUUAGUCCAAUAAUCCAUCCUGCCAUAUUCGCUCCAUUGGCAAGUCCUCUGAAUUUUGCACCAACCAAUGUCAAUGUCAUCAAUUGAAUCGAGCACUGAUGUCAACUGACCACUCGCGAGAACAUUAGACUAUGAGAUUUUCAUGUCCAUCCCAUGUGGUGUCAUCCUUAUAACAUGACUUUUAUAUCUCAAAGUAAAGAGGUGGUUGGAGCUGAGUUCCUCCAUUUCCAAUCAACGGAUGGAGCGUACGUAUUCAAGUUGGGGGUGAUUAUGCAUAGUCUUUUUCCUUCUGUCCAGGUUUGACUGAUGGGAGUUACGGAGAUUAGACAAGCACCGAUGGGUUUUCUGACCUUUUUCAAUGAGCAAUGAGAGUGGUCCAGACCUCGGCCUAGCGACUGUGUGUAUACAAAGCGAGUUAGCACCUUUAUAAUGGAUGUCCGGAGUGGUGGCGCUCUCGUCGAGCGUACCGCUGUGGCACAGAAUCAGUUCAUCGGUCACUUGUUACUCAUUUCAUUGAAUACGUCACAUUGACCGUGUUUACCUGAUGAGCUUUGGUGUUGCAAUAUGAUAGUUUAGCACUGCUUUUAACAGUGGGUAUUUUCUAUUUUAUCACGCCCUUUACUAUUUGUCUUCCUAUGAUGUGAAAAACACAUAUCCCGCAGUGUGAGCUGACUGCAACAUGUUUAGAGAGUACAGCAAUACACCAUAUUUAGCUGGUUUUGUUGGCUUGCUGAUAUUUUGAUAUUGAUAAGCGUCUUCUCAGAUUCGUAUGGCUUUUUUGACUCCCCUGCAUUUGUUUGUUUGCUUUGAGAACGCUUUUACAUAUUAUGAAAUCUAGAAAAGGAAAAAAAAAAAAAAGGUUACAAAAUUUUUAGUCCACAAAGAACAUUGUAGGCCAAUGUGUUGGCAUACACUGUUGUUUUAUCCAUUUUGAUGAAGAUGCACAUUGAGCUUUUUCGGUACAUAAUGACACACAUUGAGAAAGUCUCUUAUUAUUAUCUACUCAAUAUGGGACAAAAAGGCGUAUGUAUGUGUGUUUGUUUCUGUAUUUAGUGCACUUACUAUCCCAUGAAAUAGGCUUGAAUUAGGAGUGUUGUUGGAGCUUUCUAGUUACCUGGACUGUGUGUGGUGUGACUUUUGUACCUGGGGAAACUGCAGGCUCAAGUGUCUCCCCUUUGUCAGCAAUGUUCUUCCCUAACCAAGGAUAACCCCCUUAAAAAAACAAAAAAAAACAAAAAAAAUUCCCUUGAGACAGUUCCAGAAAUUCCCCUUUUUUGGGGGGACAACUGUGGUUUGUUUUGCAGGCCGCCUGCUGUAAAAGCAGAAAAUGGUGUCCACAAAUAUUUCCUAAGAUCUGUAAUUAAGCUAUCCAGAGUUGUUCAGAGAGGACGUUGUAGAUUUUACAAGGCAGUGGUAUAUAGGUCCACACAUGAGACGGAACUAAUGUCCUCACAUUUAAAUGGAGGUGUUCAUUUCUGAAAUUAGGCUGUAUAGUAUCUUAACAGUGAGGCGUUACACCUCCUAUGAGUGAGCUGUUACAUUUUCCCCCCCAAAAUUGUUGUAUUACCUGUGCAUUAUUAUCCCUCAACUAAUUAAUAAAAUGUUGU